GGCAGGCUCAAUCUCCGACAUGUUCCAUGAAUCUAUACUGGGACGGGUUGGGUGCGAUGUUGAAGAGCUGUUCCAGAAUAUAUCAAAGUGGAAAGCUGAGGAAUGCUCUAAGCCAGAGGCUGAUGAGGAAGAAGAUGAAUCCUCGGUGGCUCAUAAGGUGGACCGGUAUUUGAACAGGUUUUAUAACCUCCGGCGAGCUUUUGCAGAGCACCAAGGAGAGGAAGACCUGGUCAUUAUGGUGGAUGAGGCAGACUUAGGCAGAAAAAGCAGGAUCAACAAGAAGAAGAAGAAGCCUUUUUGGAAGCCCUGGCCUAAAUAUAAACCACGGAAGCGAGCAACAAAGCAGGAUCGGGAUAAGGCUCUCGAGUCACUACUCACUGCCUUACUCGUCAGUGAUUCAAAAUCUGUCCCUCCGUGUCCUGAAGAGACGAGUGGCAGAAUCAGACGUCAAAUCACGGUCAAUAAGCGCAGGGUCAAAAAGAUCAGGAUCAACAUUCGCUGCUGUUUAUGGAAACCAUGCAAAAAGGCCCAGCAAGCAAGAAAGCAGGAUUCGAAUAAGGCUGUCGAAUCAGUGAGUGACUCAAAAUCCGUCCCUCCUUGUCCUGAAAAGACAUCUGCCACUCACUCAAUUGACUCCAGUGAGGACAGCAAGGCUGCUAAUGAAGCAGACUUGACCUCUGUCCCUCCGGAACCGAUAAAUGUGCCAGAUGAAGAUGUCCAACUAGAGAGUGGCAGAAGCAGACGUCAAAGCAGGAACAACAAGAAGAUCGACAAAAAGAGGAAGCCUUUUUGGAAGCACUGGUGUGAAUGGAAACCAUGGAAAAAGACCCAGCGAGCAAGAAAGCGGGAUUCGAAUAAGGCUGUCAAGUCAGUACUCACUGACGCCUUCCUCGACAGUGACUCAAAAUCCGUCCAUCCGUGUCCGGAAGAGACGAGAAGCAGACGUCAAAGCAGGAUCAACAAGAAGGAGAAGCCUUUUUGGAAGUGCUGGCCUAAAUGGAAACCAUGGAAAAAGGCCCAGCCAGCAACAAAGCAGGAUUCGGAUAAGGCUGUCAAGUCAGUGAGUGGCUCAAAAUCCGCCUCUCUUGUCAUCACUUCGAACAUCCUGCAAAAUUUGAAAAGCUCCAUUGACAAGACUCUCAGGGAAACGCUUGGUGCGGACAACUCUUCUCACAUGACACUGAAACUCACAGAGGCCAUUGGGAGCAUUGUUAAUGAUAGUGUGACCUCUGCUCUGUUAGGGGCCAUGCAAGCCCCACAGAAUGAAGGAUCUUCAAAUGUCCAUCGUGCUACCUGCUGCAUCCAACAAACCAAAGGGCCGGCUUGGUGGCAGAGCAAUAAGGUCCAUCCGGACUCAAACCAACAAAUGGACAAAGCUGUCAUGUUGUCAUCAGGUGAACAGUCAUCUAGUCCCAAAUGCUCCUCAUCUCCUCCUCAAGCCUCAUCCCGCAUCAGCUCCAGAGGGUCGAACAACACCCCUCUGGUGUUACUGGAUUAUGAAGGUGAGGAUGAGGAGAAGACAUUGGAGGACACCAGAAACACCCCACCUUCACACUCCAUUCUCGAGGGUGAUGAGCACGCAAGUCAGCUCAGCUCCGCAAGUCAGCUCCGCUCUGCAAUUCAGCUCAGCUCUGCAACUGAGCUCAGCUCCGCAAGUGAGCUCACUGAGCUCAGCUACGCAGGUGAGCUGGACUCACAGGGUGUCAUGGCUGCUUUUGACACGGAUGCCAAUAAGACCCAGGAUGACGAAGGCGACUGUGUCUACCCAACCUGCAAGAAGACCAAGAGUCCGCAGACUUCAGCAGAGGUUCAGGCUGACAGAAAAAUAUCUAUCAUGAAGAGGCUCCGCCGCUUCCUCCACCUGUGAGAGUGACAUGAUCACUCCUUCCCCCUGUCGGAGAUCAUGUGAAAUGAUCACUCCUUAUUUUUCUCUCUCUCUCUCUCUCUCUCUCUCCCUUUCUCCCUUUCUCUGGGAAAAGGAGAGAUAGAUGGAGGGAGAGAGGUGUCUCUCUCCCUCCAUCUAUUACCUCCCAGCCCCUAAUGA